UGUAUAUUGCAACGGCGUCCCUUGUUAGUCAAUUGAAGCAAAAUACGGAAAAUGUAGAUCUCGGUGAACUCCCAUUGUCCCAUUUACUCUGGCCCAUUUUAUUGACAAACUAUUCGUGACCUGUGACCUACUGCUUGACACACUUGAGACAAAUCGUGGAAACGCUGCGUUGAGAACUGUAGGCGUUCCGCGUGCAGCGGUAGAAUCCAUUUCUAUUCAACAGGGGACUGAGUUUCAGCUAUGGGAAGAAAGGUAAUUUUGGACGUUGACACUGGGAUCGAUGACGCAGCUGCUAUUAUCCUGGCAAUGAGUCACUCGGAUGUGGAAGUGCUGGGGGUCACGUGUGUCAGCGGGAACAUUCACAUAGACAAGGUCCUUCGUAAUACAUUUCGAGUACUCAAAGUGUGUGAUCGACUUAAUGUUCCGGUCUUCAGGGGAGCAGAUUCCCCGAUUUUAUCUCACAAUCGCGAGCCAGUUUGUUUCCAUGGUAACGACGGAUUGGGAGAUUGUGAUUGGGAUGAAGAGAUCGAUACAAGUCUCGUCCAAUCAGAACACGCCGUAAAUGCACUUAUUCGACUGGUUAACAAGUUUCCAGGGGAGAUUACUUUCGUUCCUCUUGGACCACUUACAAACAUAGCACUGGCGCUGAAGAUGGACCCGGAGUUCGGCAAGAAGGUUAAAGAUGUGUUCGUCAUGGGGGGUAACUAUAAAGGUAUAGGAAACGUCACGAUGAGCGGAGAGUUCAACUUCCACUCUGACCCGGAAGCGGCCUUCAUCAGCCUGCACGGCCUCCGUGACGUCACUGUUGUCCCCUGGGAGACCUGCAUGGACGCGGACCUUCCCUGGGCCACGUAUGACAGAUGGAUGAAGGUUGAGACUCCAAAAAGCCGGUUUGUGGAGAGGGUAACUAGUUUCUGGGUGGUGAAACGCGACUUCCGGUAUAUCCGGAAGGGCAUCCGGCUGUGCGAUCUGAACGCCAUGGCAGCCUGUAUUAACGAAGCGGCCAUCUUGGAAAAGCAGAAGGUUUAUGCGACGAUAGAACUUUGCGGCACUGUAACGCGAGGGCAGAUGGCUGUCGAUUGGAGGUCACAUUCUGACGAAACUGCAAAUGUUACCGUCAUAACGAAAAUAUGUACCGAGUCCGUGGCACGGAUGUUUGAAGAGGCUCUGAAUGGGUGAAACUGGGGACUGUGUCUCUCAGUAACCGCUGUGGUCAUACGAAGCGACGAAAUGGAUAGGGUGGUCAGGUUCAGUCACUUGGUUCAUUGCGAGUUAUCGUACACCAACGGUGUGCGACGCUGCCCAAGCCAGUCACUGGGUUGUCUGGUCCAGAAUUAAUUUUUACAGGCCGCCGUCAUAUAGAUGGAAUAUUGGGACGUUAAACAAUAAACAAAAAGACCAAAUUGUUUUUUACAGUAACUCUUUGCGAUUAGAUGUACAUGUAGAAAUAUGUUUCAGAUUUGAAAUACCCGGUUACAUUAAAAGUUCAAUAUCUGUUAGACUUUUG